AUAGAAAUUACUUGCCGUUGAAGAACAUAGCGCCCCUUAGAGACGGGCAUCGCUUGCGAUCUUCAUUUGGCUCGUUUUGUCCCAUCCAAUGGCAGUCUCUUUCUGCAGUCGGUUCAACUUGGGAGGUCUGUACAGCCUUCCUUCGUCUCUCACCUCCUUUAGGUAUCUCAAAUAUCCUCUCCGGCUUCGCUUCAGUUGCUCAGCUAUUGUGAGUUCCAGGUAUCACAGGCUAUACACGACGGUAAUGAUUGUUCCAACGGGGGUGGGGGCGGCUAUCGGUGGCUACGCCGGCGAUGCUUUGCCCGUCGCAAGAACUCUCGCAUCAGUAGCCGAUUGUGUCAUCUCCCAUCCCAAUAUGCUUUCAAUGCUUUUGGAGCGAUGGAAUCACCCCGAUGUUCUCAACCGGCACAAACAGACUCCUCUUAUGCUGGCCGCAAUGCGUGGGAAGAUUGCUUGCGUGGAGAAACUCCUUCAGGCGGGAGCAAACGUUCUGAAUGCUGCAAUGUUGUAUUGGCCAAUGCCAAACACCCUUUAUGUGGAGGGAUAUGCACUGGAUAGGUUUGCUGAAGGACUCUGGGCUCUUCAACCUGUUCACCUCAAUACGGUAGGUCUGAUACUUGAUGCUGGAAUGGAGGAAGAGCUUCAGAUUCGUCAUUUACAAGUUGCAGAUGCAUCAAGGGCUUCACUAGGUUUGCCUGUCCUGGGAUAUAUUGUCACUGACACUCCCUUGGAGGUUGAGAAAUGGAUCAACCUCAAGACUGGGCAGUCAACGGGGAGGAUUAAGAACCCUGAUUCAUUACUAAGGGCAGUCGAUGUGUUAGUUAGUCAGUCACAUGUAAAUGCAGUGGCUGUUGUUGGGCGUUUCCCAGAUGAUUUAGAAGAAAUGGAUGAUUAUCGACAAGGAAAGGGCAUAGACUCAUUGGCUGGAGUUGAGGCAGUUAUUAGCCAUCUUAUUGUGGAAAGGUUUCAGAUCCCUUGUGCUCAUGCACCUGCAAUAUUACCUGCUCCUCUCUGCUCAUCACUGUCCCCAAGGUCUGCUGCGGAAGAGGUCAGUAGAGAAAUAAUUUUAGUGUUUUCACACUAUGCGUUAACAUAUUGACCCUAUUGAAUCAAGGAGAUAAAAGUUAAUUUCUGAUUCUCGAGCCUUUUGUCCUUCCAAUGCAUGAAUAGAAUUGCCUUUGAAUUUAUACGUUUAACAGAAAGAUGGAAUAAGUUCAAUUCAUAUAUUUGAAGAUAAACUUCUGUACGUAUUCUGAAUGCCAUAUUUUAAAAUCCAAAAACAUUCUUUUUUCAAUGCCUCUAAGAAUAUUUGUUUUUAACUGUUGCUUGAUCAUGAUUUUGGUUUGUGGCACAAUCCAGGAAUGACAAAACGUGAAGCAUUAAAAUUUUCCUAAGUCAUAAACAUUAUUUUUGCCAGCAUAUUUUUAAAGGAGCAAUUCUAGUUACGAGAUCAGAGUAUUCAUAUUGUUUCUGUUAAAGAGCAAGCAUGUUGGUUAGAUUGCAUUAUCUGUAAUUGGGAGGACAUUGGUUUGAAUCACAGAAGCAACCGCUCUAAGAUGAUGGUAUCACUGCACGUACAUUAAUUCCUUUUGAAAUCAUGUAUUUACUGGUUCUAAUGCAUGGGAUUGCCCAUUCUACUUUAGCAGAGACAUCUAUAGGCUUUUGAACAAUGAGGUUGUUAUCUAUGAAAAUUUGAUUCAUAACAUGAGAAUUGAUUUAUGAGGCAUAAGCGAAAUGGAGUUGUUCUAAAAGAUGCUUAAAGAUAAAACUUUAGAUUCAUGAGAGUUACCUAUUGAGAUUUGGAGAAUUAUGUUUGAUAUCAAAACACAUGGAACUUCUAGUAAUGCAAUGUCUAGAGAGGGAUAUAAUCUAAUUUGGGAUUAUAGAAUUAAUUAGUUAUUGUAUUAGUCUGGAUUUGACCCCACGUAGUGGGUUAAAGGCUUGAUGUUGUUAUUGUAGAUGAGUUUGAUAUUUGAUAAUAUGCCAUAUUGUAAGUGUUUGAAUGAAUGAUAUGAAAUUUAAUAAAUAAUAAAUUUCUAUUUUUUAUUAAUCAUUAGAUUUGUUGACGAAUAUUUUCGCAUCGACUCGACCUUGAUCGAGCCCGACUAGGCUCGAUCGCUCUCGAUCAACCCAAUCGAUCAUCGUCAAGGCAAAAUUGAUCCAAAUUUAGCCUCAAUUUAAUUAAAUUAAACCCAAUUUAAUUUAAUUAAAAUCAAAUCAAACCCAAUCAAACCCCGUCGAGCGUCGUCGAGCCCAAUUCGACGCGAUUUGACGCAAUUCGGCGCCGAUUCAGGUUUAAUUUCAUAAAAUUAAACUGAUCGGACCCGCUCGGACCCAAAUUGAUUUGAGUUGAGUCCAAUUUAGGCUCAAGUUCAGCCCUAACUAAUGAGAUCAUAGCUGAUUUGAUUUCCCUAAUCAUAUUUCUUGAUAUAGGGCUGAGAUUGGAUCCCAAAUCCCACCCAAUUUCAAAUCUAAUGGGCAGAAAAUCUACUCGAGUAGAUUUUUUUCUCUCGUUUCUCGCUACGAGGCGGAGAGAUGUGACGGAACGGGCGGCUACCCGCUCUGUGCGUGCGUCCCUAAGAGAGUGGAUAGAGUGAGGGGGAGCGGCAUUCGGCUCCCCCUGUGGUUUUCAUUCGCCCGUCCCGCGACCCAGAGAAAGAGAGCGAUAGAGAGAGUGACGGAGAGCGGGAGAAAGGGGCGGAAACCCUCUUCCCGUACGUGAACUUUCCCUCCGACCCCGUCCAAGGCUUCGGCUAAGCCUUCCAGGCGUCGGUCUCCUCCCGUUUGCCACAUCUCUCGGAGUCGCCGGCCUCCAGGUUUGCUCCAAAGCCUCCCACUUCCUCCAGAUUUGGUGGGUUUGGUGUAUUCUUGCUGUAGAACGCUUCUACUCCCUUCUUUCUUCGUCUCCAGCGAUCUCGAGGCGAGUUGGAAGCUAUUUGGAGCUUCCAAACAGUAAGGGAAGGCUUCGAAACUCUCCAAACAGCAGUUUGGAGCCUUCAAAUCAGUUUGGUCAGCAAACAACAACUUCCGGGAGCCUUCAAACAGUGAAAUCUGCUGUCCGGAGUGCUUUGGAUAGCAAAUCCACCUCUCGGAGCGACUUGGACAGCGACUUCGGAGCUUGGACAGCGAGCCGGAACUUGGGUAGGAGCGCUAGGACAACCCGGGAGAGGUAUAUCUUUGAAACUUAGUGAAACCUAGGGUCCCCCAAGGCCAAUUGUUGUGUGGUUGACGCCCCCAAGCCUUAGGUCCUUAGAAACUUCAAUUUUCGCUCUCCUAAAACCCUAUCCCCGCUGUCCACUUGUUUAAAUCAUGAAAAUCAAGUGAUUUUUCAUGAUUUGCCCUCAUAUGAGAGCUAAAAGGAUGGAGGCAAGGUGGUGGGGCAUCGAAUUGGUGUUCAAUGUCCCCAUUUUUGCAUGUUAUAUCAUUCAUGUCAUAGUUAAUGCCCUUACCUACGACCAAAUCUUAGGUUUAGUGGCUUAUUCGAUGUCGAAUGAAAUGUAGGAGCGUGGAGUCUCUUAUCUAAGUGUGGCAUGCGUUAACAUACCCCUAAAACUUGCAUGUUAUGACAAAACUAGCAUAUACAUGUGAUAGGGUUGCACCGCCAUGACAUACACAAUUACCUCUAGAUUUACUAGAUGUUCAAGCAUGUAUUUCAAUCAUUCUUUUUUUAUAAAGUUGUGGGAUUGUCCAUUUGCAUUUUUGACUCAUGUUACAAAUCCUACAACUAAAAGGUUGAUUGGAAGACAUCCUUGAACUUCUCUAAAUUUAGGGAGACGAAGUGAAAUUUCUCUUUUUUUAUGCGCUUCCUAAAUGCUAAAUUGAGCUUAUGUGAGUUAUUGCCUUUUGAAUGUUCGCCUUAUGUCAAUGGCUAUGGUCCUUGUACCUACAAUUUGCAAAACCAUGAAUGUGUCCACCAAACUUAUGGAUGCUUGCAAAGCAAAGAUGGAGUGGUCUAUGGCUUCAAGGAGCUUAUAGAUUGCACCCCAUUAUAUAUUGGAAGUUUGUUGGACAUGUUUAUUGUAGUUUGUAAGUUGAUGGAUCAAGGGUGUUAACACAUAACUUAGGCACUUGGUGAAGCUUUCGAAAAGACAAUCGAAAGCCUUCUCUCUUAGGCUUCCCUUAGACUCUAGAAAACUAAUUCUUAGAGCCUAUCCAUAGGAUUUCUAAUGACAUUCCAUCCUAUGUCUUUAGGUUUCUUAGAUGACACCAUGUGUUGUCUUUGUAGAAAGGUAGUAUGGGAAAGUCCACCCUAUCCAACAUCUCAAAUCAUGCCAAAAUUGAUUUUGAGAUUGUUUCAAUGAGUUGGGAGUUUUCUAACAAAAUCUUUCCUUCUCUAUGCAUAGUGGUUUGGAGCACCUCAAGGCUCCAAACACUUUAUUACAUGAAACUUUUUGACUUAGGACCAAAAUCCUAGGUUCGUGGCAUUUUGUUUAUUGAUCAAGAUCAACAAACAUUUGUCCAUCGCCCUUCAUUUUGGACAUUUUGGAACAUCCUCAAGGCUCCAAAUGUGAGAUUGUGUGAAUCCUAGCCCUAACCUAGGAGGUACAAACCAUCACAUGUCUACUUUUAGGUUUCUCCUAGAUCUUGCCAAAACGGAUCUUUAGGAUUUUCCUAGAAACUUCCAAAUCCCCAAAAUCAUAUCAAAUUUGAUUUGGGAAAACCUCCCAACGCUUUAGGAAGUUAGCCUUCCCUCUUUCAAGCAAAUCCAAAACAUUUGUAGGAGAGUGGGAAGUUCUCUUCCUUAUGUACAUGUCCCUCAUACUUAGUAGUUGGGGUGUUCUCUAAAUCCCAAUUAUUAGUGCAUGAAUCAAGAUUUUAGGAAACAAAUCCUAAGCUCCCAUUCAAUUUGCUAACAACACAAAGUUAGCAAAUGAACGUUUCUCCCUUCAUACAUGAUGAUUUGGAAUUCUCUAAAAUUCCAACCUAUCUUUAUAUGAAAAUCUUGUAGCUUAGAGCCAAAAAUCUAACUAUA